UCGCCCAUCAAUCGCAACACAACUGCAAUGUAAUCGUAAGAGCAGCGAGCAAAACUAUCGUGACAAACUUUUCCUCAGUCUGUCGUGGUCAUUCUACUCGUGAGGUAGUUGCUGAAUCAUCAGGAGCGAGAAACGAACGGAAGUUCCCUGCAAAAACAAAACAACCAACGCGAAAUCAAUAUAGGAUGGUUACGGAGCCGCGUAUGAUCACUAAUUGAAGUCAGAGGGCAUUCGGCUCCCAAUAGAACGGGAGCCUGUGGCGGCAAUCUCUGACAAACAUUUCCACUUGAUAGCAAAUGGGCAGAAAUCCUGCGGAAGUAAUCGCUUCCCUUGUCACAAUUUACGUACAGGCGCAACAUUUGUUUACAAAACAAGUGAUUAUUGUUUGUGUUUGCAAAAAAACACGCUAAAACACGGGAACCCCAACAUUAUAAGCAAUGCACAGUCAAGCUGCUGCUGCUGCAAGUGAUAGGAGUGCGACUAGCGCUAGCCGGCAUGCCGAUUAUGAUGGGAUUCUUUCGGUCGCCGACGAGUCUUGUUCAGUCGAAUCGCAACGGUUGAGAAGCGCGGUAGAUACCGACACGAUCGCAGCCCCGGCCGGACACGACUACGCGACUGAAAGCCCUCCCCCGUCUGAACCAUCCGAGAGUAGCUGUCUGCUGCCCAAAGCCACCGCCAUGAAGCACAAUUCAACCAACUUCCGUGAGCAAUUCAGAAACCGCAGCGCGUUGGUGGAUCUUCUUGUGAUUUUUUUCGGGAUCGGUGCGUGGAUCGGGGUGAAUUCAAACUUUGUUCAGCUCCCUCUUUUGGUCGUGCACGCGCCGGAAGGAUGGAACCUACCAUCCUAUAUGGUAAUCGUUACCCAGCUAGGUAACAUCGGUCCCCUGCUGUACACCGUUCUUCAGAGAUGGAAAUCAUUCCCGGAUUCGUACAUGAUAUACGCGGUGCUGAUUGUGGGAACUUUGGGUUCGAUAUGUAUGGCGUUUCUGUACGAGACCACAGCGUUUGUGUUCGGUGCCGAGCGGUCGGUGGCUAUGCUAGUCUGUGUGUUCGCCUUAGCUCUGGUAGGAUGUACGAGCUCGGUACUGUUCAUGCCUUACAUGGGGCGAUUCCGGGAUAUAUACCUGAUCACAUACAUCAUUGGGGAAGGCUUAAGUGGCUUCCUCCCGAGUAUAGUUGCACUAAUUCAGGGUGUCGGAGGAAAUGCCCAGUGCAUAGCGAUCAAUGGCACAGACCCGGACAACCCACAGUUCGUCAGCUACACACCACCGCCACGCUUUGGCUCGAUGGAAUAUUUUAUCUUCGUGUUUGUGGUACUAAUCUUCAGCACAGUUGCCUUCGUGGUGCUCGAUAAGUAUCCGAGGUGUCGCGCGGAAUACGCCUCGGUUGUGAUCAAAAACGGGAAUGACUAUACCUAUGAAACGAACCAACCAUCGGCAUCGGCAUCAUCACCAUCAUCCACUGAAGUGAAAAUAAUCUCAAACCGGAACUAUGUAUACCUCAUGAUUCUUCUCGGGCUUCUCUGCAUGUUCGGCAAUGGAAUUUUUCCCAGUGUUCAGUCGUAUUCCUGUUUACCGUAUGGAAACAUAGCCUAUCAUCUCACAGUCACGCUCAGUACGAUGGCCAAUCCGGUGGCAUGUUUCAUGGCCGUAUUUUUACCUCACACCUCGAUCCGAGCGAUCACUACAAUUUCGCUGCUUGCUGCUGCGUUCACGGCGUAUGCUCUUGCGACGGCUUUCCUAAGCCCUGCGCCACCACUGGUGGGAAAAGCGAUCGGAGAUGCUCUGGUGAUCAUCACGUGGACCAUCGUGGUGGGCCUGGUGAGUUACGUGCGUCUAUCGAUCACCACCGUCUUCCGAUACCAGGGAGGAAAAUCUCUGGUGUGGGCUGGAGGAGUCACCCAGAUAGGAUCACUGAUAGGUUCAGUACUCUCCUUCGGUUUGAUCAACUUUACCGAUCUUUUCCAGCCGUACUAUCCUUGCUGAGUGUGGCAUUUUGUCACUGGACUGCGAUUUUACAGUAUCCAGCUGUUUCACGUCAUUUAAAAUAGAUUUUUCAUUGAUCAUUUCAUCAUAGGUUUUAAGAAUGUUUUGUCAAUAACCAACUGUAAGUCUACACACAAGUCUAAUUCAUAAGUUUCAUUUUUAAAGUACAUUAACACUAAAGAUAAUCACUA